CUCGCCCGUUUGGACCCUCCCGGAGCUCUUCCGGGUGUGGAUAACCCACAUUUCCUCCUGCCGACACGCAUUCCCAAGAAAACAACCUGGAAUAACGGGUCGAGCCGCUCGCGCAAAGCAUCGCGCUCGCGCUGGAAGACGGAUAGAUCGCGAGAUCCAGGACGCGUUUGGUGACCGACUGCGGGGACCGCGGAGCGUCUGAGAUGUCAGAUCAUCGUUCCCCAGCACCAUUCGCCUGCCAGCUGUCGUUCGCGCCCGGAGCUAAAGAACGCAGACCUUCUCUGCACUGACUCUCUUUUUAAUACACGAGACUGUAAGCAGGCGGUUUGAACGGAGGAACAACAUGUGGCCGUAUGCUUUGGCUGUUGCUCUCGUUGUCAUUGCGCAGGGGGUCAACGGAGAGCCACAUACGCGUCCGUCCUCAGCGACGCCGCUCAACUCAACGUUACCCCCUCAGGAGGAGCGUCCAUCCCAUAAUGAAACCGAUUCGGCGCUCGGAUCCCGUAUUUCUACUAUUUUGAGGGAUCUCCCUACCAUCAAAAGCAUUUCGAUUUUCAUCUGCGUUUUAACGGGCGUGCUCAUCACGUGCCUUGUAAUCAAAAUAUUCAGAUCAGCAAAGAAGAUCAGAAAAACGCGAAAGUAUGACAUAAUCACAACCCCCGCCGAGCGUGUAGAGAUGGCACCUUUAAAUGAAGAAAACGAUGAAGAGGAUGACUCCACCCUGUUCGACGUCAAGUACAGGUGAAUUACAUUCCGAGUCGCCGUUGAAGAGCUCCCGGAGACCUCUGUUUGAACACAUCUACACAGGAAUUGCGCUCGGCUUGACUCUUCAGUGGAAGCUGCGUUUUUUUGUUUGUUUUUUUAUGUAUCGAUAUGUUUCGACAUUCCGAACCGGCGUGAAAUACGGCGUUUUGUGAAAGCUUUUCCGUCGAAAGCACAAAGUUAAGAUCGAUGGAAAAAAAUAAACCAAACAAAACUGACUUUAAUUCGCUUCAAAGAAGGGAGACACUAAAGUUAGUCCUCCAUAAAUGAAUCAUUGCUUUAAUUAUUGCAGAAACAUUCCGGUUAUUUGGUAAGAAAGUAAGGUAAUUCAAUAUCAUUUUUUUUCAAUAUCGCCCCUUGAACGUAUCAGGCAGCUUGAAAUUUCUGUUACAGUAUAUCACACUCAAGUUAUUUUAAGUAAUAUUUUUGAAAUGUGAUCAUUUUGUAUAAUUCUAGACGAUAAUGAAAAUUAUUGAUGAUAAAAAAAAAAAGAUAAAAAAAUUAAAAGUGAUUUAGCUGUGCUUGAAUCAGCUCAAAAUAGAUAUAUUUGUGAUGGACAGAUUUUUUUUUUGUUUUUGUUUUUUUUAUCUGACUAUUGACGAUGUGAAAUGGAUGUUUAUGUUCCGAUACUGAAAUUUUAUUAUAUACUAUUGUCUGUAUAUACUGUAUGCAAAUUAUUCCUUUGAAAUAGUUUAUUUUUAGACAGAAAAAAAAAACAUAUUUUGAUUUAAUAAGAGUAAUAUGUUUCAAACCUCCCUAUAUUUUGAGAAUUAUUAAUCUACUAAUCACUAAUUGUGCAUAUUUACUGUAUAAGGGUUGAAAUGUAUAUAUAUAUAUAUAUAUAUAUAUAUAUAUAUAUAUAUAUAUAUAUAUAUAUAUAUAUAUAUAUAUAUAUAUAUAUGCUAGAGAGGAUGUGCAUGGAGUUGGGAGAAUAUUGCUGCUGCUCUGAGGUUAGGGCUUUUUUCUUUCUUUCUUUGUGUCACAUAUGCACACCUCCUUUUUUAAUAAAGUGGGUUUUACAGUGGAAAAUUGCAGUGCCACACAUCAUGAAGGGUUUAAACACGUUACACAGCUGUCGUAUCAGAUAUAUUGAAUUAUAUUUCCCAAGUUUAGAGCAGCACCGAAAGAACAUCUUAAAGCUACAGCGACUAUAUAAUUAUUAUUUUGCAUUAUGUGACUUUUCCUUAACUUCAGUGUGACUUUGUCUUACGUCGAUGCUCCUGCUAGAUGUUAAUGUGAAGGACUUUUGUCCAGGGCCAAUAAGACAUGUUUGUUGAAUUAUAAAUCGUUAACGAUGUAGCUGUUAUUUUCUGACUAGAAACUGAAGUAUGUGAUUCUCUCUCUUUCUGUUCUGCUCUGGAUGUUUCAUACAAAACUGAAUGGAGAGGAACGGGAAGUAAAAAGUAUUAAAUGCAAUCAAUCGCUGAUGAUGGCUGUAAAACUACACAAAGUGUUAUUUCUGCGUUAUCUUGCCUAAGGUGGUUUUUUUUUUGUUUUUUUUUCCUGUUGCAUUCCACAAUAACUGAACAUGUCUUAAAAUACACGCUUUAACUUUUUUUCCUGGGUUUGACAUGCUUGCUAGUCUAAACACUGGACAGUUUUUUGUUUUUUUUCCCUUUUCCAAAGAAAACCUAUAUAUGUCUGUGCUAAUUGUAGAAUAUUGUUUCUGAAAAGUACCAAAUCCUAAAUGUACCAUUUUUUUUUUGUUCUUGAUUAAUAAAAAUACUUUCUAACUGACA